AUGGGGUUUUACCAUUAUCGGUGGGUGAUGAUGAUUCUUGUUGUCUUGGAGCUAUGCUUCUUCUACGCAUCAUCACAAUCUCAACAUGACCUCACGUGCCAUCCACGUGACAUGGCUGCCUUGCGUGACUUCAUCAACGUGGUCGAGCACAAGCCAGAGGGUUGGGCCUUAAAUUCUUCUGCAGACUGCUGUAAAUGGGUGGGAAUCACAUGUAACUCUUCUUCUUCGCUUCGCUUAAACGAUCCAGACAACAACAACACUGCAAGAGUCACCAAACUGGAGCUUGCGAACAGACGCUUGUUCGGUUACGAUAGGUUGUAUGAAUCUCUUGUGUUCCCGGAUCAGAUUAGAGUUCUUAAUCUCUCCAAUAAUUCCAUCUCAGGCUCAAUCCCUCCGUCUGUUUUCUACCUGGUGAAUCUAGAAACUCUAGAUUUGAGCUCUAACGAUUUAACUGGCCAAAUCCCUGAGAGCUUGAAUCUACCUUCACUGAUAAAUCUCGCUCUUUCCUCUAAUAUGCUGGAUGGUUCGCUUCCUGCGCACGUUUGCCAAAACUCUACUGAGCUUAGGCUGAUCAGACUCGACUCGAACGCAUUUGACGGAGAUUUUCCAUCUGGGUUCGAGAAAUGCGCUCUGCUCGAACAGCUCUUCCUUGGUGGGAACGAGCUCAUUGGUAAUAUACCGGAGGAUCUGUUUCAGCUUCAAAGGUUGAAUCUUUUGGAGAUCCAAGAGAACCGUCUCUCUGGCUCACUCAGUCCUGCACUUGGUAACCUCUCCCGCCUUGUUCAUCUCGAUGUCUCAUUGAAUAGUUUCUCCGGUGAAAUCCCUGACGUGUUCAACAAAUUGCUUCAGUUCAAGAUUCUUCUGGCUCAUGAAAACAAUUUCACUGGAGGGAUCACCAAGUCUUUGGCCAACUCACAGAGUUUGAUCUUGCUUAACCUGCGGUACAAUUUUCUGAGUGGUCCUAUAAGUCUGAAUUGUUCUGCAAUGACUAACUUGACCUCACUUGAUCUUAGAUCCAAUCAGUUCAAUAGCUCUUUGCCUGAAAACCUACCGUCUUGCAGAAACUUGAGGAACGUUAAUCUAGCCCGAAACCGCUUCCACGGGCAUGUUCCAGAGAGCUUCAAGGACUUCCAUAGCUUGUCUUCUUUGUCGCUUUCACAUUGCAGCCUUGUUAACAUUUCAUCGACGCUUCACAUACUUCAGAACUGCAAGAACCUGACGAUUCUGAUUCUCACUUCCAGUUUCCGCGGAGAAACGUUGCCUGAUUACCCAAGUCUUCAUUUCGAGAAGCUCAAGGUACUCAUUGUUUCAAAAUGCGGCCUUACUGGUCCAAUGCCAAGAUGGUUGAGCAAGAGCACCAGCCUACAGUUGUUGGAUCUCUCAUGGAACAAUUUAACCGGAGCUAUCCCGAAUUGGACCGGUGGUUUCACCAAUCUUUUCUACUUGGAUUUGUCUAAAAACUCCUUCACAGGAGUGAUCCCAAAAAGCUUGACCAUGCUUCAGAGCCUCUCAAGCGGUGAUAUCUCAUUCGACGAGACAUUUCUGGUUUUCCCCUUCUUAUUUAGAUGGAACGAGUUUGCAAGACGUCUUCAUUACGACCAGAGUUCCGAGUUCAUACCAACGAUUAAUCUCAGCUACAACAAUCUCUAUGGACCCAUUUGGGAAGAGUUUGGGAAUUUGAAGAAGCUCCAUGUAUUUGACCUGAGUGCCAACAGAUUAUCGGGAGAAAUCCCUAGCUCGCUAUCAGAAAUGGCAAGCCUAGAGGUUCUUGAUCUGUCCUAUAACCGCAUUUCUGGCUCAAUCCCGGAAUCUCUGUUGAAACUAACAUUCCUAUGGAAGUUCGCUGUUGUUAACAAUAACCUCUGGGGGAGGGUUCCUUAUGGUGGUCGGUUUUUAACCUUCUCAGACGGGAACUUCGAGGGAAACCAUUUAUGCGGUGGUAAUCACUUACCUCAAUGUGAACCAGAUACACCACAGGAACCAGAACAAACAGAACAAUCAAGAACCAGUGACACUGACGACUUAGUCUUGGAUUUUUCAUAUGGACUGGCUCUUGGCUAUGGUUUGGCUUUGGUUAUUGUUGCUUUCCUCACCUGUUGUUACACCUCUGGGAAUUGA